GCCACCCGCUUUUGAGUCUUUCUUGGCCUUCUAGCGCAGCGCAUUGCCUUCUUACCAGUUAGUAACUUUGAGAAGCUUGCCGUGUGAAGAAGCUUAUUCGUGCAUUGAUUUGAAAUUCGAUAUUUAAAUUGGUCGUCAGUAUGCAGUUCUCCGCAUCGAUAACCUUUCUAGUGGCGCUCUUGGUCGGGUUAGCAUAUUGCGAUGUGUCUCACGUGCUGAAACAAGUAAUUGUUGAGGAUGAAGUCACCACCCUCCCUCCCCCACCAAGACCCUAUGCGUUUGGCUACGCGGCUGGACGUUAUCCAGGACAUGUUGAUCGUACGCACAGUGAAGUUUCCGAUGGAAGUGGCGUAGUGCAAGGAUCGUUUUCCUACAUCGAUCCCAGGAAUCAAGUUCGCACCGUGGAGUACGUCGCAGAUGCUCACGGGUUUUACCCCCGGCUGAGUCACGUACCAAAAUCUCCCGAACAAACCGAAGCGGUUCAACGUGCAGCGAAUAAACAUUUUGCGUUGUACGCAAAGAUUGCGGAAGAACACGCCAACCCCCACCAACCGAUUGUGGAAGCAACCCUCCCCAGAGAUACAGUUGCCGUGUCCAAGGCUAAAGAUCGACAUUUCACGCUGUAUGAGAAGAUCGCUCAUGAGCACGCCCAAAUUGCAGCGCAACGCGAAGCAGAACGGAUCGCUUUCGAGGCUACUUCGGAAGUCAACGAAUUGCACUGAAGGUGUGAAAAACGAGACAUGAAAACAUGUGCAAAAUCUGUGUGUAUGUGAUGGAAGAAAACGAAUUUUCAAGGACGCUUGUAAUAGAUAAUAAUAAAUAGUGUACCUUUCUAACUGGACUGUAUUUAUCAGUGUAAAUAAAUGCUUUUGUAAAUACGAA